AGCAUCGUGGAGGGAAGACGUUGUGUUGCGUCUCUCUGAUAAUCUCACUUAUCUCCACUCUACCACUUGUACGAAACUCUUACCACUUUACAAACACUUCUCCAGGAAGUUGUGGCACUUCACCAAGUUCCCACGUCUCCAACACUCCUCCCUCGAGGCUUCACCAACACUUCUCAGCUGUACAGCUUCUCCAUCGAUAAAAAGGCGUUAUUUGGGCCUCUCCAACGAUCAUUACGUCUCCUGUGUUGACCACUACAGCGAUCUCCACCACUCCUGUAAUCUCCAUCCAUCCUACAGUCUCCACCCAUCCUACAAUCUCCACCCAUCCUACAAUCUUCACCCAUCCUACAAUCUCCAUCCAUCCUACAAUCUCCAUCCAUCCUACAAUCUCCACCCAUCCUACAAUCUCCACCCAUCCUACAAUCUCCAUCUCUCCUACAAUUUCCACUUCUACAAUCUCCACUCAUACCUCCACCCCUCCAACAAUCUCCACCUACAAUCGCCACUUGCUGGAGGUAGUGACCCUAACAUUGAGGAGUGUACAGGAGUCAUGGCUGGAAGAGAAGCCAGAAAAGACAAGACAGUGGCUAUUGUUGGCGCCGGCUUAGUUGGAGCGCUGGAAGCGUGUUUCCUGGCUCGUCGUGGCUACCAGGUUCAUCUCUACGAGUACCGUGACGACAUCCGGACGCUGGAGUAUGUGCCAGGACGUAGUAUUAACCUAGCCAUGAGUAUCCGUGGACGUACUGGACUGAGAAUGGUGGGUGUGGAGGAUGCUAUCAUCCAGGAGCACGGUAUACCCAUGAGAGCACGCAUGAUACACGCGCCAGACGGAACCACCAAGGCUAUACCUUAUAACAAGGAUGGCAAGUGUAUCUAUUCAGUCGGUCGUCGCUUCGUAAACGAGAAGCUGCUGAGUAAAGCUGAGACCUUCUCCAACAUUCACAUUCACUUCUGCCACAAACUGCUCACUGCUGACCUUGACAAAGGCACAAUGACCUUCCUCAACACCCUCACGCAGGAAGAAGUACAGGCCAAGGCAGACCUUCUGGUGGGCUGUGAUGGCGCCUUCUCCACCAUGAGGAAACAGAUGCUGAAGAGACCUCGCUUCAACUACUCUCAGCAGUACAUUCCUCACGGCUACAUGGAACUUUGUAUACCAGCUACGCCACAAGGGGAGUUUGCCAUGCCAUGCAACUAUCUGCACAUUUGGCCGCGAGGGACGUACAUGAUGAUUGCCCUUCCAAACCAAGACAGGUCAUGGACGGUCACACUCUUCAUGCCCUUUGAAAUCUUCGACAAACUCACGUCCCCGGAAAUCUUGCUGGAGUUUUUCAAGGAAAAUUACCCUGAUGCCAUUGCAUUGAUUGGAAAAGAAAAACUUAUUCGUGAUUUCUUUGGUAACAAAGCUCUUCCCUUAAUUUCCGUCAAGUGUUCGCCUUACCAUGUGGGAUCUACUUCGCUGCUGCUGGGUGAUGCUGCCCACGCUAUGGUACCCUUCUAUGGCCAGGGCAUGAACUGCGGAAUGGAAGACUGUAUUGUGCUAGACGAGUUGAUGGAUCAGUUUGACGACGAUUUGGCCCUUGUAUUGCCAGCUUUCUCCAAACAUAGGAACCCUGACGCUGAGGCCAUUGUUGACCUUGCUAUGUACAACUACUUAGAGAUGCGGUCGCUAGUCAACUCUAAACUUUUCCUGCUGCGGAAGAAAUUGGAUGAUAUAUUGAGUCGCCUUCUUCCCAGGACGUGGGUGCCUCUGUACACCAUGGUUACCUUCUCCCGGGAGAGAUACCAUGUCUGUAUUGCCAAUAGGAAGUGGCAAGAUAAGAUACUGAGCAACUUGGUCAAAGUUGUUGGUGUUGCUGGUAUUGCUGGAGGCGUACUGCUAACCAAGACUGAAACUUUUCACUACAUGUCCUGUGCUCUCUUAACACACUUAACAAGACUCACCACCAAAACCUUUGCCAUUGCCACACGCUGACUCUCCAUUACAACCAUCGUCCACAAGACAACAAGAUUGAUGUUCAAACUACUUGUGUCAUCAUUGUAAUCCAAGAAUAUUUACUCCUUUGUUUCUGCUGGAUAAUACGUCACAGAAAACACUUGUCCUGUUUUCUGGUGAACCUUACCUAAACUAACCAUUAUUUGAUCUUAUUGACUUAUUUUAAGUGAAAUAUACAUGUUGCAUUGUAAUUUUGUGCUGUUUUUUAUCCUAUGAAAUCUCAACAAAAAUUUAUUAUAAAUGGCUCUCUAUUCAAAUUGAAAUGUUAAUUUCUGUAUAAAGAUUAUAAUGGGUGAUUUACAUAUUACAAAGGAACAAUAUCAAAGAUGACCACUAGCAUGCCGUGGCAUUUCAAGCAGACUAAUAAUAAUUCUUAUUCUAUAUUACAAAUUACAAAUGAUUAAAUUAAUUUACAAUAGUGAGGUAGUUGAGAACAUUUAAUACCAUAAUCUGUAAGGAUUUAAUGUUAAGAAUUAAUCUAAGUCUGCUGGAAAUGCCUAGCCAUGCUAGGUGUCCUAGUGGCCCCCUCUGUAAGUAGUAUUUUAUAACAUGUAAACCACACAAUACCCAAAACCUGUAAACCCCAUAUUGUAACCCGUAUAGAGAAUAAACUUGAACUGAAUAACAGUAGCGUCUCUCUGAAUUAAC